AUGCCACAGCAAAUGUCGUACAGCGGGGAUGGAGUUUCGCAGGUUCACGGCGGACACCACGAGUCUGUAGAAGAAGCGGUAUUCAAAUACGUGGGCGUGGACCUUGAUGAAAACAAACACGGUGAGCGAUCCGGUACGGAUGGCGACGAAAGCCAACGAGACCGUAAUUUGGACCAAAAGAAUGCCAGAAACGACGUGAAUUGGUUCUUGCGCCACGGGCUAGAAGAAGUGGGCACAGAUCAUGGGGAUGACGAGGAGCACGUGACUGCGUCGCCACGUGCUCACGAAUCACUUGAAUCCAAUGGUCAUCGUCAGCAUGGGAAUUCAUCGGGGCCUGGUGCUCCACAAUCUGUCGCAGCAGCUGCCGUGGCAGCUGCGCUGGCCGCGAGUUCCAAGACGGGACGUAGCGUGGAAACGGGCGGCCCGAAUGGAGAUCCAUUGUCGCAUCGUCCCGACGCUUUUCAGCCUGCGCAGCUGAAAGAACGAGUUGUGAGAGAUGACCGGCCGGUGCACACUUCCGGUAAGCGGCGGCGCGACAACGGCAAAACUUCGUCGAGCAAACGAUCACGUUUGCAACUUGCGGCGGUGGAUCCUGAAUUAGCGUCUCUCGACGACCACGAGGUCACGGAGCAUGAACAGCUCGUUCAGAAGGCUAUUCUCGAUGCCGACUCCAUCGCGCAUCACCCCGAUUUCCAACACUACCUGACCGCAGACGACGAGUCAGCACUCACGCAGCAGGAAUUGGCGCAACAGGAGCUACCCUCGUCUCUGGCCGCCUCCUUGGGUUCGGACCGUCGCAAGAAACUUGAAGUAUUGCCUAAGGUGCUGGCGCCUUCAGGAGGUCGGGACAAUGACGUUUCAAGCCUAAUUCAGGAUGCCGCCGCGAAAGCCUCAAACUUUAUAAGCCCUCAAAGCCAAGCGACCGGCAAAUCCUUCGACGCCUCUGAAGAACAAGCUUUAGAGCAGUUUGUGAGUGAUUAUCAAGCCAUCAAAAAUUUGAGCAGACGUCAGAUAUGCGAGCGUAUUUGGUCGAAUGAGAGACGGAAAGAUGAUUUUUGGACCAAUAUUUGCAAGGUUCUCCCUUACAGAACCCGCUCUUCUAUCUAUAAGCAUGUGCGUCGGAAAUACCACGUUUUCGAACAACGCGGUAAAUGGACCCCAGAAGAGGAGCGGGAACUUGCACAACUUUGUGCUUUGAAAGAGGGACAAUGGUCAGAGAUUGGAAAAGCUCUUGGAAGGAUGCCUGAGGACUGUAGGGAUCGUUGGAGAAACUAUGUGAAAUGUGGUACCAAUCGCGCGUCCAAUAAAUGGUCUCUGGAAGAAGAAGAGAGGUUAAAGAAAGUCAUAACAGAACUUUUAGAGGUUGCCAACACAGACGCAGUCACCAUGCCUUCCGACGGAGAUGACAACAAUGUUUCUCCCAGCAAAGAAUCCAUCAAUUGGACCAUAGUAAGUGAACGCAUGGGUGGGACGCGAUCAAGAAUUCAGUGUCGCUACAAAUGGAACAAAUUACUCAAAAAGCAAGCCAUGUCCAAGAUUAGAAACAUUAGCGAAGAAGAUGAGACGUGGAUCCUUGGGAAACUGAGGGACAUGGGUUUUACGGAUGAUUCGCAGGUAGAUUGGGAUGAACUGGCCACGCUUAUGCCCGGAAGACCUUAUUCGGGUACAGAGCUCAAAUUAUGUUACGAAAAGCUUAGGACGUGUGUUCGCUUUUACAAAGAUCGUACCAUAAAUCAAAUUUGCAAAGAGCUUCUAGGUUAUGGCAAUGCCAACAAGAGUGAUAGAAUUGGUGGUAACAUUGGCGACGCCGAAUUGUCACAUGAGGGUUCAGUCACGAAGGAAAAUGGUUCACCUCAACUCGAGGGUAAAAAUUAG